AUGAUAAGCAGCGGGCCGAGCAACAAUUUGAUGUCCUCGGCGCCGGCGUCUGGGAACAACGCGCCGUCGCCUGGCCUCAAGACUUAUUUCAAGACCCCUGAGGGUAAGUACAAGCUCCAGUACGAGAAGACUUACCCGACGGGCCUCCUUCACUACGCUCACGGCAAAACCGUCACUCAGGUGACACUAGCCCGUCUAAAAGAAAAGCCAAUGCAGGCUCCAUCUCAAUCAUCGUCGAGUUUGGGUGUAAGCAGUGGUGUCAGGUCAGCAGCAGCAAGGUUGUUGGGUGGUGGGAAUGGGAGUAGGGCACUUAGUUUUGUCGGUGGUAAUGGUGGAAGUAAACAGAGCAAUGGGAAUGGCACUAGAAUAGGAUCCUCAGGGACUUCAAGUUCGAGUAGUGUGAAUGGAAAUCUGAAUUUUGAUGGGAAAGGGACAUACUUGAUAUUCAAUGCUGGUGAUGCGAUUUUCUUGAGCGAUUUAAGUUCUCAGGAUAAGGAUCCUGUAAAGUCUAUACAUUUUAGUAAUUCAAAUCCUGUUUGCCACGCAUAUGAUCCUGACGCUAAAGAUGGCCAUGAUUUGCUAAUUGGUCUGAACUCUGGAGAUGUUUAUUCAGUAUCUCUUAGACAACAAUUACAAGAUGUUGGUAAGAAGCUUGUGGGGGCUCAGCACUAUAAUAAAGAUGGCUCUGUUAAUAAUAGGCAAGAAGUUGAUUCCUUUGUUUAUUUCCUUUUCCCUUACAAUGAUACUUUGCAAGAUCGUUGUACUAGUAUUGUGUGGAUUCCUAAUGGUGAUGGCUCGUUUCUUGCUGCACACGCAGAUGGUAAUAUAUAUGUAUAUGAGAAGAAUAAAGAUGGCUCGGGUGAUCCUUCAUUCCCUGUGAUCAAGGAUCAAACUCAAUUUUCUGUAUCACAUGCACGAUAUAGUAAGAACCCAGUUGCUCGAUGGCAUGUUUGCCAAGGUCCAAUUAAUGGCAUUGCAUUUUCGGCAGAUGGUUCUUAUUUAGCAACUGUAGGAAGGGAUGGUUACCUGCGAGUCUUUGAUUACAAAAACGAGCAACUCCUAUGUGGCGGGAAAAGUUAUUAUGGUGCUCUUUUAUGUUGCGCAUGGAGCAUGGAUGGAAAAUACAUUUUGACUGGUGGUGAAGAUGACCUAGUUCAAGUAUGGAGUAUGGAAGAGCGAAAGAUUGUGGCGUGGGGUGAAGGACACAACUCAUGGGUUAGUGGAGUGGCAUUUGAUUCGUAUUGGGUGGCUCCUAAUUCAGAUGGAAUUGCCGAAAAUAUCGUUUAUCGUUUUGGUUCUGUUGGUCAGGACACACAGUUGCUAUUAUGGGACUUAGAAAUGGAUGAACUCGUGGUUCCUGUUCGCCGUCCACCUGGCGGGUCCCCCACUUUAAGUGCCGGCAGCCAAUCGACCCACUGGGAUGCCGCCUGCCAGGCUGGCACUUUACAGCCAGCCCCAAGUAUGCGAGAUGUCCCGAAGCUUUCUCCUGUGGUGGCUCAUCGUGUUCACACGGAGCCUCUCUCGGGUUUAAUAUUCUCUCACGAGUCUGUCCUCACAAUCUGCCGUGAGGGCCACAUCAAGAUUUGGAUGAGGCCCGAUUUUGGCGAGAGCCAGCCAGGAGGCUCGGAUUCUCUCCUGAACAUGAGCUUGAAGGAAAAGUCAUCUCUGACUGGGAAAACGGGUGGCAAGUAA